CUAUCAGUGCUCAUCAGUGCUGCACAACAUCAGUUCUGCCUAUCAGUGCCGCCUAUCAGUGUCUGUCAGUGCCGCCUAUCAGUGCCAGUCAGUUCUGCCUAUCAGUGCCCAUCAGUGUCGCCUAAGAGUGCCUAUCAGUGCCUGUCAGUGGCGCUUAUCAAUGCCAGUCAGUUCUGCCUAUCAAUGCCCAUCAGUGCCGCCUAUCAGUGCCUGUCAGCGCCACCUAACAGUGCUUCCUCAAUGCCCAUCAAUACCACCUACCAGUGCCUCCUCAUCAGUGCCCAUCAG